AUGGCAUCGCGAGUCGUUCUGUUGCUGAUUCUUGGGCUAUCUCUAGGACGAGGAGACAACUUGUCAAGCGGGACAAACAUCAGCAAAGUGCUUCCAAAGCUCAAAAACUCUGAUCUGAAGAAGCUUGAAUGUGCCUUAUUGUCUACUACUCUUGAUGACAGUCCUCUCAAUCUGGACUCUAUUACCAAUGCUAUAUUAAAUGACGAUUUUGAGCAGAAUAUUGGCUUAAUACUGGAAUUAGGAAACGCCGUUCGAGUUCCGGAGCUGAAGCACGCCAUCUACGAGAUUCUUUGGAAGGACCGUCAGAGAUAUUAUGCGCUCUAUGAGCCCAGAUAUAUUCUGGAACACUAUGAGAAGCAGUCGAAUAAUCCGCCAGAGUAUAAGGAAUUUGUUUAUCAGAAAUUCAUCGCUCAUAGCACUUCAUACGUCACUUCAGCACUCAACGUCAGCCGUGACUCAACCGAUUCCUCGAAAUUCGCCAAAAAACUACGAUUUUUGUCACAAUUGGCCACGAUCAACAUUCAGCUGCUUAAUCGCACCGAGAUCCAGUCAAAUUCGAGUGCGCAAGCAGCGGUGCUGGAAAAUCUUCAACAGUUGGCGAUCCAUCCAGAUUUUGCUGAGGAAGUGGACUACUCCCUGCGUCUUAAAUUAUACGAAUGUCUGCCGUCCGGUAUUAGUUUGCUGUACACAGCGCAGAAGGUGUGUUUGCACAAGGCGAACAACAACAAUGAAUACCUUUAUGAGUGUCAAGGUCCGACCAAUAUGUGCAUCCGUGAACGAAACUACGAACGAGCUUCCUUCGAAGUGCAGCGCAAGCAAAUUGAUGCUAAGAACAGGACACAGUUUGCUUUUCUGAGUACCCAUUUUGUUAAUCACUCGCUGGCAAUAGAACAAACGGAAGUCACCAGGAACUUGUACGGUCGAGACCAAAUCGACUGGUGGCACGUGAAACAGGUGCAGGAGGGCGUGGCACUCCACGAUGCUGCCACAUCCGACUCCUUGAUUUGUGGCGGCAAUUCAACACUGUGGAAUAGAGAAAACCAUUUUGCAUACACGCUCGAGGCAAAAGACUUCGAUGCCCAUCGUGAGGAGUGCACUUGGAUCGUAGAGGAUUGCAGCAAUAAACAAUAA